UGCGCGCGGGUCACGUCACCGGAACCUUUCGCUCGGCUGAGCCAACACAAAUUACGACCUAUUGACAGCCGUCUACGGAAAGCGCCACAAAGAGAAACAAACACUCCCAACGACGCAGCUUCAAAGCACAGAGGAGAGACCAGCAGAGAGAGAAGAGAGGAACCGGUUCCAGGCAGUGAGGAGCGCCGUUGGAGACACCUGCAAGAUGGGGAGAGCACGAGCGUAAGAACACACCGGCGCCGGUAGCAUUAUGUAACAAUCAGACUGCCACGCUCUCCUUUCAACCAUGCUAAUCAAGGAAGGGAGUAAACGAGAGUGGAAAAAGAAAAACACGAAGAAACAGUGAUAAGGCACCACGCGCCCCGAAACCCUGGAACUCUUCGCAGGUUACCCUUCGCCGAAGCUUCUCCCCUGACUCUGCCGCUGAGCUCACGAAGCGAUGCUUCGGUCACAACCCAUUGCUCAUGGGUUUUUCUUUGGCGUAGCAUGAAUGGACACGCGUAGCGCUGCCGAGAGCUCGCUUCACCAUUUCAAGUGUUCGCCGCUUGUGUUCGCCGUGUCAUUCCGCGGCGCCGUCCACGCGACACGGAGUUCACGCUGAAGCACCCACAGAAGGCGGGAGCUGCUCGACGCUUCCGGCGUUGAUUGGACGUGUCAGAUGUACGGCAAUAACUCUUCGCAAUGGCACAGGCACCAAAGAAGCAUGGGCCGGACAGCGUUCACAGCUGGUUCACGGCUGGCGCCUGCGCCUUCUCGUCCUUCUUCGCGCUGGCCCCGCUGCGUGCCUUCGGUGUCCUCUUCGUGGCCAUCAUGCAGGAGUUCGGCGCCAACAGGGAGGAGGCGUCGUGGACAAUCAUGCUGCUGGGCGGCGCCAGGGUGUUGUCGGGUCUGCUGGCCGGUCCCCUUGCACAUCGUUUCACGACGAGACCGGUCCUCAUCCUGGGCAGCAUCAUCUCGGCUGCAGGGGUCAUGCUGGCCUACUUUGCCACGAACAUGUGGAGCCUUCACCUUACGCUAGGCAUUGUUCACGGUUUUGGCUCCGGCAUUGUGUACGCCAUGAACCCGGUGCUGAUCAGCGAGCACUUUGUGAAGCAUCAGACGAUGGCCAUGGGUGUCUGUUUUGCCGGCUCGACGCUAGGCAGCUUCGUGUUCCCCAAGCUCAUUGAGAAGCUCAUCGCGUGGUACGGCUUCCAAGAGGCAAUGCUUCUCUUCGGCGCCAUCAUCCUGAAUGCGGUUGCGUUCAGCCUCUUCCUGCGUCAGCCGCGGUGGCUCAAGCGAUGCGACACCUCGGUGGAGUCACUCAUCACGGUGGACAGCGCUGACGACAAGUCAUCCUCGCAGUUGCCCUACGUCAUCCCAGUGCGUCUUGACGACGCAUCCAAGGAUCCUGAAGUGGGACCAGUCUUGCACCCAGUCAUUGCGGUCGCGCAACGACGCCGCAGAAGCACCUGCCUGCCGUGCGGUUUGGAUGUGCUGCAAAUUCCCAUGUUGUAUCUAGUCAUGUUCUCCUCCGUGGCCUUCAACCUCGGCUACGACUGCUACAACACGCUGCUAGUCGACUUUGCCGUCGACAAAGGCAUCGCGCAGAGUAGCGCCAUCACGAUGACGUCGCUCAGCUCUCUGGCCGACCUCGUGGGCCGGCUGGGAAUGCCCGUGCUUGCCGACAGGCGGAUUUUUACCCGGCGUACGCUCAUGGCCAUGGUGCUCGCGCUGGUUGGAGCCAUGUACGUACUGCUACCCCAGUGUACAGACUACGGAUCUUUGUUCGCGCUGGCCGCGACUGUGGCCUUUCUGCUGGGAAGUGGCGUCGUCUUGUUUCCCGUGAUACUCGUUGACUGCGUGGGGCUUGACAGAAUCGCCAUGGCGACGGGUCUGCUGACGGCGCUGUCGGCAUCGUUCUCCUUCACUAAGCCAUCUCUUAUAGGAUUCUUUCGCGAUACGCUGGGUUCCUAUGACUUCUUGUUCGUGGCGUGCGGCACGGUGGCCAUCACCACGUCGUUGGCAUGGGUCUUCGUCAACGUUGUCAUGUGGCGGAAGCGCAGCACAUGGACUCCCGACACAGUUGUCGGGGGGAAAUCAGAAGCAGCCUCCGAAAGAUUCUCCUAUUAUCCUCGGCUAAUCUAUAUCGGCGAUGGCCGGUAUUUGGAGACGCGCAAGUCGAGGACAUCCAGCACGAUAACAGUCCUGUACUGAUAAGGUGGACUGCCGUGCUGAACGCCUGUGUACCGUGCCUCUACUUACACCGACAACCGGGAUGUGUCAACAGCCUGUGCUUGGCCCCUUGCCAACAAGAAAGGCAGGCACACCAAUCGCGACGAACGCUAAUGUGGUGCAGUGCUGAAAAGCGAGAAAUGCUAGUACAGUGAUGACCAUCUAUACAUUCAGACGUGUCAAAUGUUUUGUUGUCCAUAAAAUCAUUGCAUUUGUAACAUACACAAUCAACAGUGAUAAAACAAGGAAUGUCAAUCAAGCCAGCAUAUCGACAAGACGACCUGUCUUUGUCCGUCCUCGCCAGCAUUGUGUUAAAGACUUGUUGAAGAAGACGAGUCACCAAACGUUGGCUCCGGAAACAUUACUUGUUCUACUACUGUUAAUUACUUCAAGCCUCCACCUUCCUGUGAAAAUAUAUAUUGUUUUAAUAUCA